AUGGAGGAGCAGAACAGAGAUGCUACUUUGUGCAAAGUAUGUGGAGAUAAGGCAUCGGGAAAACAUUACGGUGUGCCGAGCUGUGAUGGGUGCAGGGGAUUCUUCAAGAGAUCUAUUCGGAGACAUGCGAGAAAUUUGGAUUACGUCUGCAAAGAGAAUGGCCAAUGCAUAGUAGACGUCUCCCGUCGAAACCAGUGCCAAGCCUGCCGCUUCGCGAAAUGUCUAGAAGUGAACAUGAAGCGAGAUGCGGUACAACACGAGAGAGCGCCGAGAAGUACAUCGUCGUUGGUUAGUGCAGUGAGAAGAGCACCCUCAGCGAUAUAUCCGGGUAUAUCACACGUCUACCACACCACUGGCAGCCCCUACCAUCCCCUACUGUACUCGGGGCUUUUUCCAUUCAAGCCUACGGUGCCGACUUUUAGUCCCGGAGUUCCUCAUUUUUUGCAUCGACCAACGCCGGAACCACUGGCCACUACUGCCGCGAAGGAGGACGAGGUGACGAGCUCUGAGGAAGCUAGCAGUAUACGUGGAAGAAUGGAAGAGAAGAAAUCUGAAACUUCCCUCCGACUAGCCCCACCCCCAGGGAUGACCACGAGUUUACCGGAGUACAGUGGCUCCAACCAACCACUUCUCCCCACAGAGAACGUUUAUGAAUCUGCAGCCAAACUCCUGUUCCUCGCUUUAUCGUUCAGAGACCAAGCAAUUCUCCUUGAAGAGUCCUGGAGCGAACUGUUCGUGCUGACAGCAGCCCAAUGGAACUUCACCAUCGACGAAUCACUAUCAGUGUCCCUGAUGCUCCUUCCAACAGAGAGACAACAGAUCAUUGCUGAGGAACUCAGGAGACUCCGGGAAUUACUGACGAGGUUCGCGAUUAUGCGGGUGGACCAUUCCGAAUACGCUUGCUUAAAGGCAAUUGCGUUAUUCAAAGGAGAGUCCAGAGGACUGUGUGAUUCAGCGAGGGUUUCCGCCCUUCAAGAGCAAACGGUCACAGUCCUGGGGGAGCGGGGAGCCGGUAGGGUGGGACGCCUCCUCCUGCUGUUACCCCCGGCGCGUGCUCUCUGCCGUGGAACUCUGCAGGAACUGCUGUUCAAACCAACAGUCGGCGAUGUCAGCGUCGAGAGACUCCUGGGGGACAUGGUGCGGGCCACGAGGCCGGCAUAACCGAAAUGCAAAUCGAUAGUCUAGUCCUGUCGACAAGGAAGAGAAUUCUCGAAUUUCAAAUAUUAAAAAUGAAAUUGGAUGGAAAUCUCAAAACAAAGAGUAUUCAGCCAAAAGCGGAAUUGUGCAUUAAAAAUUGAAAGAAAAAAUUAAAAUUCAAGAGGUGGUGUGAGCGCAUCAACUGAUAAUUACUCAAUGUUGAUAUUAGCUUUAACUUGAAAAUAUUGAGGAAAAUAAAUCCGUCUAGAAAAUUGUAAAA